AUGGACUCACAAGCGGUCAAACGGUCACUCGCAGACCUCAUCACCCGCUCCCAGCCAUACGUCGAGCAAGCCAACACACAACUUCAGAAAUCUCGACACCACUGCUCAUCAUUACUAAAAUCCGGCCAGCAACAAUUCCACACACUCCUCGACAAACCUCACGCCAAAGAACUCCUCCCGGCCAUCACUCUAUUAGUCUUCCUCACGCUCGUCCUGUCCUCAUACCUCUCCCGCCGCCACUCCAAGUCCACCAGUACACGCCCAUCAACACCGACCAUCGAAAAGGCCAGCCCCGCCGCCCGCAAACCAGGAACAUGGACACCGUCCUCCUUCACGCGUCCCAAACCACCACCGUACCCAGAUUGGUCCAUCACCACCACAAAGCCCCUACCCUACCGGCCCUUCCGUUACGGCCCCAAGUACUUCGUAACCAUGGGCCUGCGCAACAUCAAAUUCGACGACUGGAUCGAACUAGACAACCACUACCCGCGCUACCACGCCGACAAAGCGCGGCGCAUCAAGGAGCGCGGGUCUAAGUGCUGCAGAACCCAUCCCGAAGCACUCCCCGCCGCUUACGAACUCCUCGACGAACUGCGCAGCUACCUAACGGACCGCUACCCGACACUCUACCAGCGCACCGAAACAGGCAUCCUCAAUCUCUGGUCCGGCGAGCACAUCGACACGACAUCCCGCCCCUUGCCCGAAGACCCCAUGCAGUCCUGCGCGCGCCUCACACAGGACGACCUCGCCAUCAUGAUCGAGCGGCCCGACGGGCAGUACUACCUCCUCGCCGGCGCGGUCCUGCUGGCCGGCUUCUGGCGGCUCGAGGACAAGUACGGCAUGGUGCUGUCCGAGAUCCACACGUCCGGCGACGUGCCGCAAUUCCGCGAGAAACUCGAAAAGGGCAUGAUGAACUUCUUCCGCCGCCUGAAGCCCGAGGAACUCGUCGCCCGGAACAACUACUUCCUCCAGGUCGACGAAGACCUGGCCUGGAGCAACUCCAUCGGGUCCGAGGACAGUGACGGCAUCAGUUGGAACACGGCGGAGAAGAACCGGGCGCUUGAGCACCACUAUUUCCGCAGCGAGAGGCAGACGUUGCGCCGCCUGCCGAAGAGCGGAGGCGUCGUCUUCACCAUUCGCACGUAUUUCCAUCCCAUCACCGAGGUUGCCCAGGAGGAUUAUGUGCCCGGGAGACUGGCGAGCGCGGUCCGAAGCUGGGGAGACGAUGUUAGUCGGUACAAGGGCAAGGAGAAGUAUCAGGACGUGCUGCUGGAGUAUCUGGACGCCAAGCACAAGGAGCAGCUCGACCGGGGUUUGAAGCUGGAGGAGGAAGACGAGAAGAGGGCUUAUCCUUUCUAA